AACCACGAAAAUCUGAUAAAUCAUGACACUGCAUGUACAUUCGAGACUUCAACUCUUCAUCUUAUAGUUCAUAGUUUAUGAAUACCAACAUUUCGAAAUUAAAUUACCAGUUUAAUUACUAGUUUGAUCCAGACAUGGCAGCUACCGGAGAUCGCCGAAAGUCUGUUCUCAUCACUGGAUGCUCACCCGGUGGCAUCGGAAACUCACUAGCACGCGAAUUCCAUCGCAAUGGCCUGCGAGUCUUUGCGACUGCACGCGACACUCAGCACAUUCAGGAUCUGGCUGCGAUAGGCAUUGAAACGCUCAGUUUGGUGGUUGACUCGGAGGAGAGUAUCAAGGCUUGUUUUGAGGAGGUUUCGAAGAGAUUAGAUACAAACGGGUUGGAUUAUUUGGUCAAUAAUGCUGGACGGAACUACACCGUACCAGCCAUGGAUGUGGACUUCCAAGAAGCUCGACUCACAUUCGAAACGAACUUCUUCGCUGUGAUUCGCAUUUGUCAGACCUUCCUCCCGCUACUCAUAAAAUCAAAAGGAACCAUUGUACAGAUUGGCUCCGUGGCCGGUAUGAUACCGUACGUCUUCGGAUCAGUCUACGGUGCGUCCAAGGCCGCUCUCCAUUCCUGGAGCGACACGCUACGAGUUGAACUUGCUCCUUUUGAUGUCAAAGUGACAACCGUCAUCACCGGUGGUGUCAAAUCACGUAUAGCACGUACCGACCGCGAGCUCCCCCCAGGCUCUCUCUACCGACCAAUCGACCCCGAGUAUCAACGACGCACAAAACACAGCCAGGAAGGAGCAAUGCCACAUGAAGACUAUGCACGUAGCGUUGUAUCCCAAGUGUUGUAUGGACCCGCGCCCUGGCGAUGGUUAUGGCCGAGCUAUAGGAAGUAUAUCUGGGAAGGGAAUCGUAGUUCUGUGGUCAAGUUUUUGACUGGAGGAUGGUUGUGGUGUGGCUUGUUUGAUAGGAUAUUCACGAGAAUGUUUGCGCUCUGGAAGCUAAAGCGUCGCACUAAUUGAUGGCCAAAAUAUCCAUCAUUCAUGUUCUGCAGCGCUUUAUAAGUGCUGCUUCAGCGUCGGUUAUCUUGCGCAGUCUCGUUUGGAGGUUUUGGGCGUCCUUGAAGCGGAAAAAAAUUGUAAAAAGAGAUUAUAACCAUCUCAAGCAAUUCAUUAAGAGUAUUCAAUCUCGAACAUAUGCCCAGAAAGUGCCUGUUUAGUCGAGUUUGUAGAU